AUGACGCCCGCACGGAUGCAGAAGUCGCCAAACUUCUCGCCCUCCUCCCUCUCGGCCGCGUACCGCUUGAGCAGCGGCUUCAUGAUGGCCAGGAUCUCGUCCUCCUUGAUGCUCUGGCGGUACAGCUUGUUCAGGCGCUCCACCGCCGAGGUACAUGUUGUACGCCCCGUACGCCUUGCCGACGAAGGCGACCUCGGCGAGCCAUGGGCGGGCGCAGCCGUUGGGGCAGCCCGUCAUACGCAUGACAAUCGAGUCCUGGCGCAGGCCGUUCUCCUCGAGGCAGCCCUCGAGCUUGGUGAUGAGCUCGGGCAGGUAACGCUCCGACUCGGCCAUGGCGAGACCGCAGGUCGGGAAGGCGACGCAGGCCGAGGAGCUGAGGCGCAGGCCAGAGAAGUGCACGUUGUCGAGCUUGUACUUCUUCAUGAGCGCCUUGAUGGAGUCCAGGUCCUCGUCGGCGACGUUGCUGAGAAUCAAGUGCUGGUUGCCCGUGAGGCGGAACUCGCCCUUGUGCACCUUUGCGAUCUCGCGCAGACCCGUCUUCAUCUGGAACUCGGGGGUGUCCUCGAUACGACCGUUCUCAAUGAAGAACGUGAAGUGGUUGAGGCCUGUCUCGUCCUUUUGCCAGCCGAACGUGUCGACGUUGGACUUGAACUCGAAGGGGCGCUCCUUGUCGAACUUCUGGCCCCAGAGCUCCUCGACCUUGGAGCGGAACACGUCGACGCCCAUAUCGUCGAUGGUGUACUUGAGACGCGCGUGCUUGCGGUUCUUGCGGUCGCCAUGGUCGCGCUGGACGAGCAUGACCUUCUCGCAGGCAAUGUGAACCUGGUCCGUCUUGACGAAGCCAAACAUGCGGCCGACCUGGGGGUAGGUCUUCUUGUUGUUGUGCGUGGCACCCAUACCACCACCGGCGAGCAGGUUGAAGCCCUCGAGUUUGCCGUCCUUGCCCUUGAUGGCGAUCAGACCAAUGUCGUAGGUGGGUCCGUACAGAGGCUCAAAGUCCUGGACAGCGUCACCGGCGAUCUGGGUCUUAGUGUCGUUCUCGUCCGCCAGCCAGAUCUCGUGGUAGGCGGUGGUCGAAGGCAGCAGGUGGUCGCUGAUCUUCUUGGAGCUGGCCCAGACCUCCUUGUGGUACUUGGACUGCGUGGGCAGCGAACUGCACAUGACGUUACGGUUGACAUCACCGCAGGCGGCAAUGGUAGUCAUGAGCGCGCGGUUGAUGGCCUGCAUGGCGGGCCUCAACUUGCCCUUGACGACACCGUGGAACUGGAAGGUCUGACGAGUGGUGAGCUUCAUCGUCUCAUUGCCCAGCUCGUUGGCAAUAUCAUCCAUCUGCACCCACUGCUGGGGAGUGGAGAUGCCACCGGGCAGACGGCAACGAAUCAUGAAGGAGUAGGCGGGCUCCAAUCCCAUGGCCUUGCGCUCGUCUCUGACAUCACGGUCAUCCUGCAUGUAGGUACCAUGGAACUUGGUAAGCUGCUGGUCUGCAGCGGAGAUGGCACCGGUGCUGGUGUCCUUGAGACCCUCGGCGAUGGUACCACGGAGGAAGUUGGAGGCAAUCUUGAUGUCCUCAUUGGUGAUGGGGGCAGGCUCCUCGGGGAGACCGUCAACGUUGUCGACGCCAAGAGCGCUCCAGAUCUUGGGCUCCCACUCCUGGUAGCCAGUCUGGUAGCCAUCGGGGUCCUGGUCGUCACCGAGACCGACAUCGGCAAGUCUCUUACCACCAAGGUUGGCAAGGACGCGGUCGAGGUCCUUGGCGGGCUUGUUGUAGUAGAUCUUGUCCUCCUUGCGGGGCCAGUAGUGGCGGUCACCGAGACCGAAGACGGAGUAGUUGACGUUGGCGAGGUCAAGCUCGGUGUUGUCCUUGAGAGCGUUCCACAACGCGUGGCCGUUCUGGGGAACUCACCCUGGCCUGCAGUGGAGGUCACGAAGACGAUGUUCUCCUCGGAAGGCAGGGUAGUCCUCCAUGGUCAUAACCUUGGUCUUGAGGCCGCGAGCCUUACCGCGGUUACCAAGGCGCUUGGCGACGGUGGUGGCAUUGCCGUUGUCGGAGGCGUAAAGGACCGUGAGGGGGGCUCCGAAGAGACCCUCGAGCAGUUGGUCGUAGGCGUCCUUGGCCUUGCGCUUCUGCUGGGCUCUGACCUCAGUGCCAAAGUCUUGCGACAGGUUGGCGGCGAAGACGGGGUCACGCUGCAUAAUCUGGGUCAGCUGGUUGUCGCGAUCCAAGAAGGCCUUGAGCUCGCUCUUGAUGCGCUCGGAGUCGAGGGUGAAGUUGGGUUGGCCCUUGGCCUCGUUGGCAGGGUUCCAGCGGUACAGGGGCCAGUAGCCGACAUCGAUGGCCUUCUUGGUCUCCUGGAGGACGGUCAGGGGAGAGUCAGUCUCGCCGAAGUACGGAAGGUAGGCAAGGACAACGGAGGGGCCGUUGUGCUGGUCGGCCUCGAGCAUGGCCUGCAGGACCUGGGUGUAGGAGCCGUAGACAGCGGUGGAGGCGACGUAGGCGUUGCCGAAGUUCAUGGCGUACAGACCAAUGUCCUUCUUGCGGCGGUUGGCGUCGGCAGCGGCACGCUCCGAGUAGGGAGUCGAGUCGAUGAUGAGCAUGUUGACGUUCUCGCCAGAGGCCAGAACGUGGUGCACACCAGAGUUGCCGAGGUCGUAAGCCCAGGCAUCGGACCCGACGAGCCACAGAGACUCCUUGCGGAACAGACGCUUGCUGGACAGCAGGUUGCGGGCGAUGGAGGAACCAUCAGUCUCGAGACGAGGAAUCAGGUCAUCGGCGAUCUCAUUCGCCUUCUUCGCAUCGGCCUCGUUGGCGGCCCAACGAGCGAGCCAGCUCUUGGGUGCAUCAGUCACGAACUGGUUGCUGUUGGCGGCCUCCUUGACCUCGCCGACGAAGCGCACACGGCGCUCCUUACGGGCCAACAGGGAACCGAAGCCGAACUCGGGGCUGGCCUGGAUGGACGAGUUGAUGCCUGCGUUGCUAGCCUUCAGCGCGUUGGCGACGUACGCCCUCUGGCCGAACAGCUGGUCGAGGAUCUUGGUGUAAGAGUUCUCGACCUGGGGCUUCUCGAGUCCGUACUCGAGGGCCUCCUGGGGAAUCUCCUUGCGGCCGACCUCGAGGUUCUGGACAGGCGACUCGGAAGUCAGGUUCUGCAGGACGCCGCGCAGGGCCUGGAUGACGGUCUUGGGGUCAAUGUAGCCAAGCUGGUAGCCGACAACAGUCUGGACGCCACCAAAGCCGCUCUUCACGCUGGUGAGAACAUCGAUGAGAACGGGGCCCCACUUUGUCGUCUUGCGGUGGAUCUGCUCGAGGACGGCGAUACGCUUCACGGACUUGGGAAGGGCUUCGGCCAGAGCAGAGCUGAGCCAGGGGCGGUACAGUCUCGGGGUGAUGAUGCCGACCUUGGAAAAGUCGCCGCCGCGGCGGGCCUGGUCGAUAACAUCGCCAAAGAAGUAGGCGCCAGAGCCGAAGACGAAGAGGCAGUUCUCGGCAUUGGUGGGGCCGGCGUAGAAGAAGGCCUGGUACUCGCGGCCGGUGAGCCUCUUGAAGUGGGCCCAGAUGCCGUUGGCGUACUUGAGAAUGUCCUCGGAGGAGACGACGGGCAGCGACGAGUCGAUGGUGGUGGCGUUGGAGGAGAUGACCGAAGGGGGGCUGUCGGUGACGCUAUGCUCGGCGCUGGACUGUACCGAGGCUCGGGACGAGUCGAGCUUGGAGUGCACGGACGAAGCGAGUUCGGAGGAGCUCAGGCCACUAAUGGGCGAGGAGCCGGUCGGCGGCACGUCGGAUCGGUCAGAGGCGACCGGCAGUCGGCCGUCAUCGGCAUAGAUGCCGACAGCCGCUCCCGUGCCGUUUGA